AUGGCGGCCGGAGAUGGCUCGUCGGAGCCAGGUAAUGAUGACAAGCUUCAGGAGUCCACGAGAUGUCCUCCAGAGCCAACCGACCACGACUCGACAGCAGAUGAAUCCGAGGAGGAUGAGGACGAAGAAGAGGAGGAAGAGCCACGACUCAAAUACGCUACGUUGACAAGGAAUGUGAGCUCGAUAUAUCGCAACGGAGAUGCAACGAGUACCUUUCACGUGGCAGGAGAUAAAAUGAUUGUCGGGACUCACAACGGCAACAUUCACAUUUUCGCUUUACCGUCAUUCAACUCCCUGCGCGUCUACCAUGCCCACACAGCCAGCAUAUCGGCGAUCUCGAUAUCUCCAUAUACACCCCCGCUUGCAGGUUUUCGCUAUGAUCCGGGAAUGAAAAUAGCAGUUGAAGCGACAUCGAAUCCGGACAGAUCACCCUCAAGCUCACCGGCGCCGAAAGGCAAGCAACAGCAACAGCCUGUGCCAGAUAUACCUGCAAAUCGAAUAUACAUCGCCACAUCUUCCAUUGACGGUAACGUCUGCAUUGCCUCACUCGUCGAUCCUCGCGAUGUUCAGCUGCGCAACUUCGGAAGACCUGUCCAGACCGUUGCCCUAUCACCUGAGUACAAGUCGGAUAGAACAUACCUGUCUGGUGGGCAAGCAGGCAUUUUGGUGUUGACUACUGGUGGGCAAGCAGGCAAGAGUGCCAAUGCGACUACGACUGGAGCUGCAGCGGCCGCCUCUGGGUGGCUUGGGUCUAUUGGUCUUGGAGCAAACACGGGAUCAGACAAAAUUCUGCACAGUGGGGAGGGCAUCAUCAGCACCAUCAAAUGGUCACUGUCCGGAAAAUAUGUUCUCUGGGUAAAUGAACAGGGUAUCAAGAUCAUGAGAUCAAACUUGAAGCUGGAAAGUUCAGAGUCAGGUCUGGAGUGGAAACGAAUGAGUCACAUUGACAGACCUAAUCGUCCUGGAUGGGAAGACAUGGCUGGUGUAUGGAAAGCUCGCGCUGAGUGGAUCGACCGCGAUAAUAUCGAAAUCGACGACGACUCGCCCGUCACCGCUCUUGUCCCUACUUCGGCAAACGGCGCAUCUCCUAAGCCUGACCCGAGGAAAAAAGUCGAAGAAGCCUUAGUAGGAUGGGGAGAUUCAGCAUGGAUUAUCAAGGUGUACCCGGGAUCCACAGAAAGCGGAGGUAAUAAUAAAAUUGGACGCGCUGAAGUCGCUACGAUUAUACGAUUUGAUGACUGUACAAUAUCUGGAAUUUCGUUAUAUACCCCGAGUCUGCUUUUGGUGCUUGCAUAUAUGGAAAAGAAGAAAGGCAAUAGGUCAGCGUCCCAGGAAAAUGAAGGCAGCAAAAGAGGCCGACGAACACGACAUAAUGCAUUGGAACCGGAAUUGCGUCUGGUCAAUAUGGAUACGAAGGAAGAAGUCGACACCGACACUCUCACUAUGAGUAGAUUUGAGACUCUUUCGGCUUCAGACUAUCACUUGGGGGUUCUGCCACCCAUCCGCAUCCCAGCUGCUCUUGUCCAGAAGGGGUACCUCAGCACCAUUGGAUCUGGUAUGAGUACAGUCGGUUCAAGUCUCGCUACAGGCGUCGAGACCGUUGGUCAGGGCAUGUGGGACGCUACAAUGUACGGGCCACGUCUAUUAGGUGCGAAUCGCAUUUUCAGUUCAAGCGAGAGCAUUCGAAGCGGUGUUAGCGGUCCUGACCGAAUGGGGAGCAUCAGAGAACGCAAUUAUCUCACAGGCUGGAUUCCGGGAUUUGGAUCCAGUGAAACCAGUGCCAAGGAGGAGAUAAAUGCCAUGGCCACGGCACAAAGCAUGAAGAUUUUCAUCUUCAGCCCAUAUGACUGCAUCGUCGCAGUUAGACGCAAUCUCAAUGAUCGUAUGCAUUGGCUUGUGAGCUUGAAGAGAUACCAGGAAGCUUGGGAACUGGUUGAUCAGCAUCCUGAAGCGGCUGGCACCCUUUCUGAAUCUUCAGAAACUUCAACACCGCCAAGUCCUUCAAAAGCCAGUUCUUUCACAAAGUCUGUCUCUGCCGUCCCCCCAAGUCCAACACAAGCCCGUCAGCAAGCUCCUCUGGCCGAAUUUUUUGCGGAUUCGGUUUCAAUCACAAGUUCAGCGCGGGCCAAGUCCAAGACCAAAUUCUCUGCUGCGGAGAAGGAGAAGCGCAGGAUAGGCGAGCUCUGGCUCAAGCAAUUGGUUGAUGCCAAUAAAUGGUUAGAAGCUGGGGAAGUGGCGGCAAAAGUGCUCAAUACAACCAGUCGAUGGGAGCACUGGGUUUGGAUCUUCGUUAAAAACGCGAAGUUUGACGAGAUAUCACCUCACAUACCGACGUUGGAACUAACACCCCCUUUGCCAUCGUCCAUCUUUGAAAUCAUCCUUGGUCAUUAUGUGGAGGUUGACAAAAUCCGGUUCAAGGAGCUCCUUGAUGAAUGGCCUUCGGACCUCUUUGAGAUCAGCAGCAUCACAUCAGCGAUUGAAGACCAGUACCGCGCUGGCAAUGCUCCGAAAGGGUCGCAGGACUGGAGGUUGUUACAAGAAAGUCUGGGGAAAUUGUCCCUUGCAGAUGGGCACUAUGACGAAGCUCUAAAAUGCUAUAUUGCUCUCCAGGACGCUGACACUGCCAUGUCACUGAUCAAGGAACAUCAUCUCGUCGAUGCGAUCGCUGAUGACAUCCCUAGCUUUGUGAUGCUGCGAGUAUCGCCCGAACAAGUCAAGACGGCAUCUCGCGACGAGCUCAACGAGCUAGCGGCUGAUUCGAUCAAGGUCCUCGUGGACGAAGCUGCCGCUGGAGUCGUUGAGCCUGACGAGGUUGUUGCGCAACUUGAUAGACCGACGCUGGAGCCUUUCCUCUAUUUCUAUCUUCGUGCUUUGUGGCGCGGCGAGGGGACCCAGGGUGGGCCCGCCUUGUCCCGUGUUGGGCACUCGGCCAUUACUACGUCGCUUGCUGCUGACACUGGAAAACAACAUGUCGAACAAUUCGCGGACAUCGCUGUCGAUUUGUUUGCGGAGUAUGACCGAGAUCUACUCAUGGAAUUUUUGCAAGCAUCCAUAGCUUACACUUUCGAAAACGCCGUAAAGGUAUGCGAAACGAAGCAUUAUGUCGAGGAACUCGUCUACCUCUUGAGCAAAACCGGACAAACUAAAAAGGCGCUGUUUUUAAUCAUUGACGAAUUGAAGGAUGUCUCAAAGGCCAUCGCUUUUGCGAAGGAGCAAGAUGACCAGAGUCUCUGGGACGACUUCCUCGAAUACAGCAUGUCGAGACCAAGAUUCAUUUCAGGUCUACUUGCCGAAGUUGGAACUGCCAUUGAUCCCAUUACCUUGGUGAAGAGAAUACCUUCCGGGCUGGAAGUCGAAGGCCUGAAAGAUGGCCUGAAGAAGAUGAUUCGAGAAUAUGAUUUGCAAGACAGCAUCAGCGCCGGCGUUGCGAGAGUACUCAGCAGCGAGGUUGCCGUUGGUAUGGAGACGCUGAGAAGAGGCAGAAGGAAAGGCAUCAAAUUCGACAUUGUCGCGUCACCACUGAGACAUCAGCGGCCGCCCGCCCCAGAUGUUGAUGGUUCAAAGGAUCAACAUGCGGAGGGACAGCAGACCGAAGCCGAAGUUGAGAUCAAGCCUGGGCAUUGUGCGUCCUGUCAUAAGGCGUUCCAUGAAAACGAAACUGAAACCUUGGUCGCGUUUGCUUGCGGGCACGUCUAUCACGUCUCGCACCUGCUACAUGGUCCUGAAGCAGAAGGGGAUGAGGUAUUACUACCCCAGAAUGGGGUGAUCCGUCCGGAUGAUGGCGAAGUUGAGGAAACCAGGUUUUCCAGAUCAGUGGGUCCAAAGGUCACCAAUGCGCGUUUACUGAAAGACAAAAUACAGAAUGUUGGUGGAUGUACCAUAUGCAAAGGGUCGCGGGAAAGAAUGAAGGCUGCUGGAGGAUAA